AUGUCUCUUCUACAACUAGUCCGUCUCCCUCCCCCAGAAACAACCACCACUAACAUGAUCAGUCUAUUAUCAGCAGUAUGCUCAAUCUGCAUCGCUAGCUCUCUCGGCGAGAUCGCUUCUAUUUACCCUACAGCUGGAGGUCAAUACCAUUGGGUAGCAGCCCUUGCGCCCGCUUCGAUUCGAUCGACCGCGUCUUGGGUUACAGGCUGGGUUAGCAUUGGCGGACAGGUUGUUCUCACAUCGUCUGCUGCGUUUGCUGCUGGGCUGCAGAUGCAGGCUCUUAUAAUUGUGAAUAACGAGACGUAUGUUCCUGAGCGGUGGCAAGGCAUGUUGUUUUACUGGCUUGUUCUUGUCUAUGCUCUUGCUCUUAAUAUUUGGGGGGACAGACUUCUGCCGUAUACUAAUACCGUGUCUGGUGCCAUUCAUGUCAUCGGCUUUGUCACAAUUGUUGUCGUUCUUGGUGUUAUGGCACCUAAGAACUCGGCUUCUUUUGUCUUUACAGAAGUCACCAACUCUAGUGGCUGGUCUAACGAUGGCGUCUCUUGGCUCGUCGGCCUCUUGAGUGCCGUGUAUCCGUUCCUCGGAUACGACGCCGCCUGUCACUUAGCAGAAGAAAUGCCCCACGCCAGCCGUAAUGUUCCUCUCGCUAUGGUCGGUAGUGUGACCGUCAACGGUCUCAUGGGUCUUGUCUACGUUAUCAUCUUCCUCUUUUCAACCGGCCCCCUCGAGAAACUUCUCGCAACACCCACUGGUUUCCCCUUCAUGCAGAUCUUCCUUGACGCCACCAAGAGUCAAGCGGGCUGCACUGUUCUCUCUGUCAUCAUUACCUGCACUGCUGUUGCAGCGACUGUCGCGGGUGUCACUUCUACGUCAAGAACGUUGUGGGCUUUUGCGAGAGAUAAGUCAACACCGUUUGACAAGCAGCUCAGCAAGGUCGACAAGCGUCUUCAGAUUCCUGUUUACGCUGUCGUGGUUGUUACUGUUCUUCAGAUGCUGCUUGGUCUCAUCUACCUUGGCAACACCACUGCCUUCAAUGCCAUUCUUUCCAUGUCAAUCAUUGGCAUGUAUGUCAGCUAUGCAUUCCCUAUCAUCGCAAUGCUCUUUGCAAGGAAGAGUCUUCAAACCUCCAAUGGCUUCGGUCCUUUCAAGCUCGGACAUAUCGCUGGCCCAGCUGCCAACGUUAUUAGCUUGGUAUGGAUUACUGUCGUUGUCAUCUUUAGCACUUUCCCAUCUGCUAUGCCAGUCUUCGUGAUGGAGUUCAUGAGAAAUAAGUUGGAUAGUGGUAGUCAAAAAGUCGGCGAGAUGCAUGUUUUCAAAAACUGCGUGUCAUGGUCGGACAACAGAUUGGUUUGA